GGCACCUAAUUAGCAAGCAAGUCUCCAGGGCCCCCUGACCCAGUUGCCACUGUAGGAAGGUGGGGAUGGGCAGAGGGUCUGAGUGCCUACCUCUAUUCAAGGGAGAGUGAGGGGCUCUUGGUGCUGACCACUCAGAAAAUGGCAGGUGCUGGAACUUAGCCCUAAUCACCUAGUUUAUGUCCCAGCCCUUAAGCGACCACCAGUCAGGGUCACCCCUGGUUCCAGCCUAGGCCUUGGGAAGCUGUCAUUGCAACUUCUCCCUUGAGGCUGUACCACGUGAAGCAGCUGGGCUGGCUGCAGCCCCUGGGGCGGGGGUGGGGGUCAGGAUUGAGAAGGAGCCCCGAGUCUCAUUCAGAACAGCUCUGCAGAGCAGCAGAUUGACAAGGACCAUGGCAGGCUCACCAGAUCAAGAUGGUUUCUUCAACCUGCUGAGCCACGUGCAGGGCGAUCGGAUGGAGGAGCAGCGCUGUUCACUGCAGACUGGGCCAGGCCAGGCCCCUGAGAGCCAGGGUGGCUCUGCGCCCGAGAUGGACAGUCUCAUAGACAUACUGGCCAGCACCCAGGGCCGCCGGAUGGAUGACCAGCGCGUGACCAUCAAUGCCCUGCCUGGCUUCCAGCCCAUUGGCCCCAAGGAUGGAAUGCAGAAACGAGCUGGAACCCUCAGUCCUCAGCCCCUGCUCACCCCUCAGGACCCUGCUGCUCUUGGCUUCCGCAGGAACAGCAGCCCCCAGCCCCAGACACAAGCCCCCUGAGGGUCUGAGCCAAUCUGGACCUCUCUGAGCCCCUGAAAACAGACAAUAAAAACACUUGCACACCAGGAA